AUGAAUGGCCAAGCAAUACCUGGAUACUUCUGGGACGCAGAAAAGAAGAAGUAUUUCAGGAUUCAAAAUCAAACUGCAGCGCAAGGCUCCAAUCUCAAAUAUUCAUCGGAAAACAUCAAAAAGACUGAGAGGAAAGAACGCAUCCAGAAUGUUGCCAUUGCGCGUUCGAAUAAAAUUCGGAAGGAGCGCGUCGUCAGGCGCAAUCCAAACACCUUUGCUCAGACCAACCUUGACAGGGAGAUAGGCCAUAGACGGAAAUCACGCUAUCUUCAAGGUCUUUGGCCUGAUGCAUGCGCAGCGGGUAUCAGUAGUCGCCCACAAGAGCUGCUGGACAUCCGCCAACCUCGAAAUUCCGGCUUGAAGUACUUCGACAUGGAUCCGAACGAGUCUACGAUAUACGCAGUUCAUAAGUCGAACAGCGUGUGUAUGCUGUUAGCUGAUGCUGGCAGUGCUAAGAAAUAUCGCUAUACAUCGCCGCCGUCCAAUAUAACCUACUCACAUCAUGCUUGGGAAGAGGUAACGCGAACAACCUCGCCAGUCUCAUCAAUAUCCUUCCUUCCCCAGACUGGUGCGCUUGCAGUGACUACAUAUGGCUCGGAUCGUCCUCCAGAAUUGUGGCUCAGCGACCCAGGGCGCGAUAAUCCAUACGUGGGCCAGAAGUUCACACCCAAGGACUGUUCGGCGAUAUGGGGUGCUGCAGCCAGACCAUCAACCUUCACACCAUCCCCAGGUCUCGCAAACACUGUUGCAGCGACUUGGUCUGAGCAUCUCGCAGUUGCAGCUUCGAGUUCGAUGCUACUCUUCGCUCGCUCAGAAGCAGGAGCAUGGGACUCGCAGACUGCGGUGAAAUCACUCGAUUCGGAUGUGUUAGCCUUGGAAUGGAUAUCGUACACCACCGUCGCUAUCGGCUGUCGUAACGGAACCAUCCGACUCUACGACACUAGAUCAGGAGGCUCAAGUCAUGUUCUUACACACCCAUCUCCCAUUUCGAAGCUCAAGCGUGCCGACGAUGAGACUAGACUAAUUUGCUCUGGACUGCAAGACACGCUUUUCUUAUACGACAUCCGCGCACCCCGCUUAUCACGUAGUUCAUCGCGAAAGACCUUCAAUUACGAUAACCAUCACUACAAUGAGGAAUAUUUCAAGCAGUUGUAUCCCACCUACCGCGAUGGGCACAAGCGACGAAAACUCAACCACAAGGCUUUUAAGAACUGGUCUCAGCCUGUCUUGACUUUUGAACAUGCAAACCGGGAUGACCUGGAACUGGACAUCGAUGUACAUCCCAGACUAGGGCUUCUAGCAGCAGCCCAAGACAUAUCGACGGGCACGGCGAUUCGGGUCAGCAAUAUGUGGACAGGCAGGACAGUCAAGGAAAUCAAGGCUGACCACACUCAACCUCACGAACUCCCGACACAAUUUCCGAUACGGUCGCUCAAAUUCCUUGAUCGAUAUGAUGAUGCAGAUGGCGAAGUUGAUCUCUGGUCAUGUUGGAACGGUGGGAUCGGAAAGUUCGGGUGGUAA